GGUGCGGCGGGUCAUGGCGGGCAAGGCGGCGCGCGGCGAGCCGCUGGGGCGCACGGCGGAGGAGGUGGCGUGGGCGGAGGCGCUGCGCGGGGCCUGCGAGCCCGAGCAGCACUGGCGGCACCGGCGGGAGUUCCUGCUGCGCAACGUCGGGCAGCCGCCGGCGGCCGGCAGCGCCGAGCUGCAGCGCCUCGUGUCGCUCUCCAUGGUGUGGGCCAACCACGUCUUCCUGGGCUGCCGGUACCCGCCGCAGGUCAUGGAGAAAGCGCUGGAAAUGGCCGAAGGCAUCCAAGUGAGCGACGCGCCCGUCCGCACCACGAGAGACGAACUGGUUGCCAAGGUGAAGAAAAGAGGCAUAUCAAGUAGCAAUGAAGGGGUAGAGGAGCCCUCCAAGAAACGAGCUGUUGAGAAAAGCAAAGACGCUAAGGAUACCGAGAAGGAUGUGAAAACAACCGAGGCAGAAUCUCCUGAGGAAACAGAGAGCACAUUGCCAAAAAAGCAGGAAAAAGAUAGUAGCAAAGAAUCAGAAAGUUCCCAGUCAGCUUGCAGCUCAAAUCAAGCAGCAGUCGCAGCACUGAGCAUAGAAGCAGAAGAAAAACCUGUUAAUGCUGAAAAUACUACUGAGCAAAGUCCAACCCCGUCUUCAUCCGAAAAAGAGUCGGGAGAGAAUCCACCUAAGGAAGGCAAGUGUGAAAAUGAGCCGUCACCUGAAAAAACUACGUUAAGUUCGGGCCCACCGGCUGCUGCCAAGAGCGCCCCGCAGGCAGGAGCAGUGCCACCCGCUGCUGCCAAGAGCGCUCCACAGGCGGCGGCAGUGCCACCCGCUGCUGCCAAGAGCGCCCCGCAGGCAGGAGCGGUGCCACCGGCUGCCAAGAGCGCCCCGCAGGCGGCAGCGGUGCCAGCGACUACUGCCAAGAGCGCCACGCAAACGAGCGCUACCUUGCUGUCUUCCAAAAACCAAGCGAGUGCCACGCCAUCGGUGUCCAAGAGCGUCGCCCAGGCGGGCGCCUCGCUGCUGCUGGCCCCUAAGAGUGUCGCUCAGCCGGGCACCUCGCUGCUGCUGGCGCCCAAGAGCGGCGCCCAGGCCGGCACCUCGCUGCUGCUGGCCUCCAAGGGCAGCGCUAAGGCGGGAUCCUCGCUCCUGGCCUCCAAGAGCAGCGCGGAGGUGGCUGCCUCGCUGCUGGCCGCUCGGAGCGGCACUCAGCAGGGUGCUUCGCUGCUCACCUCCAAGAGCAGUGCUCAGGUAGCUGCUUCGCUGCUGGCCGCUCGGAGCGGCUCUCAGCAAGGUCCCUCGCGGGCUGGGGCACCCUCCAAGGGUGGCACGCAGGCUGGUUCGCAGCAGCUUGCGUCCAAGAGUAGCUCGCAGGCAAGUGAAAGUCCUGCUAAGGCUUUGUGCAAACCGUUAACCAGUGAAGAUGCAAAGGAAAGACAACCUUUUUUCAACAGACUCUACAAAGCUGUAGCCUGGAAACUGGUUGCCGUGGGAGGCUUCAGCCCUAGUGUAAAUCAUGCCGAACUUCUUAACUCGUCUAUUCAGUCUGUAAAAGCUACCUUAGAUGUUGCUUUUGUUCCCCUGAAGGAGCUUGCAGACUUACCUCAAAACAAGAGCUCUCUAGAAAAUAUCGUUUGUGAACUGAGGUGCAAGUCUGUCUAUUUGGGUACUGGCUGUGGUAAAAGUAUGGAAAAUGCCAAAGCAGUUGCUUCAAGAGAAGCUCUGAAAUUGUUCCUCAAGAAGAAAGUUAUUGUGAAGAUAUGUAAAAGGAAGUACAAAGGUAGAGAAAUCGAAGAUUUGGUACUUCUGGAUGAAGAAUCAAAACCCUCAAAUUUACCUCCAGCUUUAAGAAAUCCUCGGGAGAUCAUGUAGGCAAGAGUCGCUGUUUGUACCACGUAUAGUAUUUCAGUACAAGGACUGAAGGUUAAUUUUGUACUUUAAAAAUGUAGGCUUCCAGGUAUUUUGUAUUUCUUUCUCGGUUUUGCAAGACGAUUCUCUUCCUUUCACUUGGUAGCAAUUGUAUAAAACUUGUUAGAGAUGACAAGUGUGCAUUUAAAGGUAUGCCUUAAUACAUGGCACACUAGUGUGCUGUUUUAUUUGCAAAAUAGUCUACCUAAUUCUUCUAUUUUUAAUUAAACGAUUAAGGUACAAUUUGCUGUUUAAAACCUGACAAUUUUGUAAUUCUUACGAUUUGAUGGCGGUGUGCUCAAUUGUCUACCAUGCCGUUUUUUUUAGCCACGUAGAUGUAUGUAUAUAGGGACCAUAAUACUUGAAUGAUUGAAAGUUGUUUAAGAACUUCGAUCAAAAAGUUGAAUCAUCCGUUUCAGACGUGUUGCUCAUAAUGUUCACCGUUCCUCUUACUAGGAGAGAAAAUAGUUGGCUGACUAUUUCUACGAGACCUUGUAAUACUUGCAAUAUAAAUGACAUCGUGAUCCCAUUGAAUGUUAUACUAGCGGUUAGAUCCCAUUUAACAUUAGACUAGCAAAUUGCCAUUCAGCAGUCAAGUCACAGCUACUUCAGCCACCAAAACUCCGUAAGUGGAUCUAAUUUAUAUUGUGAAAAAUCCUUUACAGUUUUUUCAAAUAAACGUGGGUUUCUAUACGAA